UUAGGUCUGUGGCUGCUUUCUUGAAGAAAGUCAUUAAACUUGAGUGCAGAUGGGCUAAUGAUAAGCUGUGAAUUCUUCUUAUCCUCUGAGCUAAAGUGCUGAGAUCUAAAUAAGACUUUUGACAUCCACCAACAUGCCAGGCCAGUAAAAUCUAUAUCUGGUCUGUGUGUGUGGGUUUGGAGGGUUAUCUACUUCAUACUUCACAUUUAGACCUGAGGCAGGUUUCCCAAGGAAGUAUUACCUUGUGCACCAACUUUACUCACAGCUCAAUGGAGUUUGUGUCUGCCCUGGCAGACCUCCAAAGGGACUGCAGUUGUCCCAUCUGUCUGGAUUACUUGAAAGACCCAGUGACCAUUAGCUGUGGGCAUAACUUCUGUUUUGAUUGUCUCAAUCAUUCCUGGAAGGAUCUAACUGAUGCCUUUCCCUGCCCUGUCUGCCGAUUUGGGUUUCCAGAAAGGAAGUUCAGGAGGAACCCCCAGCUCUGUAAUUUUAUUGAAAUUGCUCAACUACUCCGGAUCAGAAAGAGCAAGAGGAAGAGGCAAGAAGAAAAUGCUAUCUGUGAGAAACAUAAUCAAUUUAUGACCCUUUUCUGUGUGAAGGAUCUGCAGAUUUUGUGUACCCAGUGCAGUUUCUCUGCUGAACAUCAGAGACACUACAUUUGUCCCAUUAAGCAAGCUGCCACCUUCCAAAGACGUUUUCUAGAAUCUAGCAUCCAGCCAUUGAAGAAUAAUGUGGAACGAGUUGAAAAAGUGCUAAUUCUGCAAGGUAGGAAAUUUCAUGAGCUGAAAAAGAAGGUAGAAUAUAGGAGAGAAGAAAUAAAUACUGAAUUUGAGCAAAUUAAACUAUGUUUACAGAAUGAGCAAGAGGCUCUGCUUAAGCAGAUACAAGAUGAAGAGUUGGAUAUUUUAUCAAAACUUAAUGAAAACCUUGUAACUUUCUCAGAUCACAUGUCCACAUUAAAACGCUUAAUGAAGGAAAUAAAGGGCAAGUGUGUGCAGUCAGACCUGGCAUUACUAAAGGAUGUUAAGAGCAUACGCCAGAGGUAUCAAAACCUGAAACACCCUGAACUUUCGUCACUCGGAUUAAACAACUAUGGCUUCAGUCUUCUUCCACAGUAUUCUGGCUUAAAGAGAAUCAUAAAGCAAUUUCAUAGAGAUGUGAGUUUAGACCCCAACACAGCAUAUCCCCAGCUUAUUGUCUCUGAGGACAGAAAAAGUGUGACGUUCGGAAGAACAAAACAGACUGACUGUUAUAACUCAAGGAGAUUUUAUCUCUGCCCUGCUGUCCUGGGUUCUAAGAUGUUUAACUCUGGUAGACAUUACUGGGAGGUUGACGUGGGAAACAAACCUCAGUGGACAGUAGGUGUCUGUCAAGACUAUCUUCUUUGGAACUGGAGGAAUCUGCCAUCAGUCCUAAGUGGCUUCUGGGCAAUUGGACGGUAUAUUGAGAGUGGUUAUGUGGUGUUUGGUCCCAAGAAAACCCAGCUUUUGCCAGUACCAAAACCCAGUAAAAUAGGCAUUUUUUUGGAUUUUGAAUUGGGUGAGGUUUCCUUUUAUAAUGGGGAUGAUAGGUCUCUCCUAUAUAGUUUCAGUGAUUCUUUAACCAAAAUCAAAACCAUAUGGCCUUAUUUCUAUGUUGGAACAGAUUCUAAACCUCUUAAAAUCUUACCAGUGGAUCAUGAAAGAUAAAGAACCUGGUAGAUUAUUCUUUUUAGUUUUUAGGACUAACAGUAAAUUUAAUCUCA